GAUGGCCAAUACGUAAAAAAAAAGUGUCUAAAUAUCGGGGAAAUUCGGAAAAAUACUUUGAAUUUGAUUUGAUUCUCAGUUUUCGAUACUCCUGUUUGCGAAAAGUGGUUUACCGAGACGAAAAUGAUCGAUAAUUACGCGAAUCGUACCAUAACGAUUUCAGCCAAUCCGGUUUAUGUGGAUAAUCGUUUCCGUAAAAAGGUGAACAGCUGCCUAUUAAGGCAGGUCAUGACUGUUAUUGUACCGUUGUUUGAGGUUAGGUAGUUACGUUGAACUCUUCACUUUUCUUCACAAUUAGUUAGCUGUUGCAUGCAGAAACGAAGAGAUGCAAGAGGCUUACUUAAAUAUCUACGGUGUACCUACAAGAGUACAAACUUGGGGUCGAUGGGUGGAAGAAUCUUAUAACAAGAGUGAACCCGAAGACCUAGUGCUGUUCAUUCCAGGAAAUCCGGGCGUAACACAAUUCUACACGUCGUUCCUGAAGAGGCUGCACGAGGAACUGGGCUACACCGUCUGGAUUUUAAGUCACGCCGGUCACGAACUGCCGAAAUCAAAACUCAGAGAAGCGCCACGCCUAACGGACAACGAGAAGAUAUACGGACUUGAGGGGCAGGUCAAUCACAAGCUGGCUUUCAUUGACACGUACGUGCCGAAAAAUGCGCGAGUUUACUUUGUAGGUCACUCUAUCGGUGCCUAUGUAAUUUUAGACAUUUUAAAGAAAUCGUGGGUGAAAUCGAAUACAAAGGGCGCGUAUCUGCUGUUUCCCGCAAUCGAGUAUUUGGCCCAGACCGAGAACGGCUGGUAUAUGGUGAACGUUGUUAAGUACUUCAUUCGCAUAUUACUAUUCCUCGCAUGGAUUUUCACCAUACUUCCGUUCAUACUACAGUUCUCACUCAUCAAAGGGUACGUACUGUUUUACUCCAUACUAAACGUGCACAUGAGGACAAUUAUCAACUUCAUACGGCCAGACGUGAUAGAUAAGGUUUUUUAUUUGGCAAUGGACGAGAUGCACAACGUAAAGGAACGCGAGACCGGCGUGCUUUUAGAGAACAAGACGAAAAUCAAGCUGUAUUACGGCGCAAACGACGGGUGGUCGCCGCAGAGAUAUUGUAAGCAGCUGAAAAGGGACAUUCCGGAUAUCGAUGCUGAGAUUUGCACUCGCAACUUCGAGCACGCGUUUGUUUUGAGGCAUCCCGAGGAAGUUGCAGUGAUGGUAGCGAAAUGGAUAAAGCAUUAGACGGUGAAUUGUAAUGGUGAUGGCACGGGACAUCUAUCCUAUGGUUUUCGGAGUAAAUCGGUGCAACUGGGCUGGAUAUGACGAGAUUAUGAAGAUAACAUAAAUGCUAAUAUAUGUUUGUCAAACCUUCCCUAUAAAUAAAUACCAACUGUUUUGUACUCUCUUAUAAUAAAAGCUUUAUUUUUG